AUGGCCUACGAUCCCGUCCAGUCUCUCCUCGCUGUCGGUACCGAUGAAUCCCGCUACGGCCCAGGCAAAGUCUAUAUCUUUGGCCAGAAGCGAGUCUGCGUAACCUUGACCCCUCCGAGACCUGCCUCAAUCAAAGUCCUCCAAUUCUGCGCCGACAAACUUAUUGUUAUGGACAGUAAAAAUGAUGUCAGUGUUUUCAGCCUGGAGAAAAACCAUUUGAUUGCAAGCUACGCUCCUCCUGGCCACGUGGUCGCACUUGUGUCAGAUCCUAGUCUGGACUACUGUUUGUCCGGACUGGCCAACGGAGAGAUUGUUGCCUACGACCUGGACCGGGAGUCCAUGGCACCCUUCAAGAUUCCGAAUCUUUGGAAGGAACGAAACCCAAGAGCAAGGAUUCUCCCAAUAGUAUCAUUACAAUUCCACCCCAAAGAUAUCGGUUCGCUGCUCAUCGGCUACUCUGAAGGGGCCGUCAUCUACUCCUUCAAGCAGAAUAAAGCCCUCAAGUUCUUCCAAUAUGAGGUCCCCAGAGGCGCUCGCGGCGGAGACGCGAACCCCAGAGCCCUUGACACCGUCAAAUAUCCACGCUUGACGCAUGCUAUAUGGCAUCCCACCGGCACUUUUAUCCUAACUGCCCACGAUGACUCGAGCCUAGUAUUCUGGGAUCCCCGAGAUGGCCGAGUGAUUCAUGCACGAACGAUCGAGGAGACAGACAUCAACAUCCCUGGCAAAACAUCAAAGGCCGGCCCUGCCUCAGUGAAGGAACCCUACUUUCAAAUCAAUUGGUGUUCCAAACAAAACCCAGAUGAUACUGGUCUCCUUCUGGCCGGCGGGUCGCCCACGACAAAUCCGACAAGAGGUCUGACCUUUAUCGAGCUAGGCUUGACUCCCAACUAUCAGACAUCUUCCUGGGACUUCCUGGCAGGCCACUUCAGAAAUCCUAAGAGAGUCCAGAUUCUUCCUACUCCACCAAAUGCUUCUAUCAACACUUUCCUGGUUAUCCCUCGCGCCUCUCCUCACUUCGCGGGUUCUCAUGAUCCCAUAGCAGUCCUGACAUCCUUGGCAUCUGGAGAACUGGUGACCAUUAGUUUUCCCUCUGGGCAUCCGAUCAGUUCUAGCAACCAGCUUCACGUAUCUCUAUCCUUUGUCCAUCCAUUUGUCACCAAGACCGCUCUGGCGUUUGUCGAUCGCACUCGAUGGCUUGGUAUGCGAGAGGUUCGUCAACAUGGACCAAACAUCUUGGUCGGUGGCGCCGAAGGGAGGUACCCUCUCAAGCGCCAUGAGAAUCGAAAUAUCGUUCAAGCUGCACAUGCUGAUGGUACCAUCCGAAUCUGGGAUGCCGGACAUGGUGACUCGAUCGAGAACAGCAGCGUGAUCCAGGUUGAUCUCGGAAAAGCGGUAGGUCGAUGGGACCAAAUUGAUGUGGCACAGAUGAGCAUGUCUGGUGCAACAGGAGAACUCUCGGUCGGCCUGAAAUCUGGCGAGGUUGUGAUUUUCCGCCUUAGUCGAAAUGAGCAUGCUGGCCAACCCUCGAUGCCUCCUGGUCCGCUUGAAGGACCCGGCAAAAUGACAGACAUCACCCCACGGGCCGAUCCUGGCCUAAAAGAAGGCUUGCUACCCUUGACCAUGACGAAUGACCAACAAGGGCCCGUUACAGCCCUACGACAUUCAGACGUCGGUUUUGUCGCCGCAGGAUAUGCCGGUGGUGGGGUCACGUUGAUUGAUCUUCGCGGACCAGCAAUUAUUCACUCUGCUCUGCUAAGCGACUUAUCAGGCGGAAAAAGCAAAAGAGUCAGUAUCAGACGAAACAAUUCUCAAUCCACAUCAUCCCAGGAAUACCCGACAGUGUUAGAGUUUGGUAUAAUGACGCUCGAAGGCGAUGACUAUUCUUCUAUUGCAUUGUUUGUCGGCACAUCCCGAGGCCGUCUUGUGACCUUCAAGAUUCUUCCCUCUCAAACGGGCAGAUAUUCAGCACAAUUUGCGGGAGUCAUACAGAUUUCAGAAGACAAAGUCAUUUCAAUAUCGCCAGUCGAUGCUGCAGCCGGGUCGCCUGCUGCAGCCACCGGUCAUGCUAUGGGAGGCCUCCAAUCAGGUCGCAGAGUUGAUGGAGUCCUCAUUGUCAUUACGGCCUCCUCAGCCCACAUCUUCCGUCCUGCUCACGCCAAAGGCGCCUCCAAAACCUUUGACAAUUACUUUUGUGACUCUGCAACCGUAGCUCGGUACGAAGACCGAGGAUAUGCAAUCGUUGGAGUGUUUGGGGAUGGCAACACUCGUGCAUUCUCCAUCCCCGCCCUCAAAGAGAUCGGCAGUACUCGGGUGAACCAUAUCCUAGACACCAAACGAUUCAACGAAGCUAUCGUCACUCCAACAGGUGACAUUCUUGGCUGGUCUGGACCGAGCGAGAUUGCGAUAAUAAAUGUUUUCGGCGCUGGGCUGGCGCUUCCUCCAAGUGUGGAUCAUCUUUAUGACCCAGCCAAACUUGUCCCGCCUCGGCCUACAAUCAGCAAUCUUCAGUGGAUCGCGGGCACGCAGUACAUCACACCUUCAGACAUGGACCUACUGAUCGGAGGGCCGGGCCGACCGCCUUCCAAGCGCAUGGUCGCAGAAGCCCGUGCUGCACAAGACGCAGAAUUCCAACGACAGCGCGAGGCCGCGCGAACAGGGAAAGCCCCCGCGAAAGACCCUAGCCAAGAAGGUUACUGGGAGUACAUGCAGCGCCAGAUCCAAGAACGAACAGAGAAUCUUGGUCUUGCUGGUGAUAGCAUGGACCGUGCUGCCGAAUCAAGUGAGUCAUGGAGUGAUGGGGUGAAUAAGUAUAUUGCGAAGCAGAAGAGACAAGCCGCCCUGGGAUUCAUUGGCGGAAAGCUGGGGUUCUAG